AUGACGUCCCCGACAGUCGCGAACAAAGAUGUUUUCCACGAUGACGAGUUAGCCUGCAUCGUCAUGUCGAUCCGUGCAACCUUGGCUUGCCGUGCUCUCACUCAGAAACUGCAAUCAUUGCCCUCUCGCAGUGACAUGUACUCGCGCGAUCGCCAUGUUGUUGCCUCGCUUCACUUCCGAUCGCCCCGAGUCGAGGAUACGCAUACACCGUGGCGUCGUCGAGCAGUUUCCCCAAACGGUGGACGAUCAAACGGGAUCCUGAGGAUCGCACGACAUUCGGCAGAGCUUGCGGUCGCGCAGACACAGACGUCGUUGCGGAGAACGAGAUUUCGGUGGAUGCAGCACGGAGGAUUCGAAUCGAGCGAGAUCACUUCAAUGAUCUAUCAGAGUUGUGGCCACACGAUGGAUGCAAUUUCGGUGAACACGAAUGCUGUACCGGAGUAGCCGGUUCGGGUUGAACGGGGUCGGCUCGAAGAUCUGUAGCGGAACGUGGCUGGCCCCAAGUUCCCGG